UGAUAAUCACUUGCUUACGCGGUGAAGAAGCCGCCGCGCGGAGCCCCCCGAAGUUUUGCCUGCCCAGGUGGCAUGUCGGUGUGGCGUUACAGCCACCCGGCCUAUGUGGCCCAGGAUCAGAAGGUGCAGACCAUGCAAGCUUAUCCUCAACAAGAUACCUUUCCUCAACAAGAUCCAGUGGAGGCGGUGCAAGUUGAGGCUGAUGGAGAGGACGUGGUUCCGAGCACCAGCGUCGGGGCCUGCAGCGAGGUGCGAUCACCCAUGGACUUCGGUGCCAAGGGCGAUGGGCACCAAGAUGAUUCAGAGUUUGUGAGGGAAGCCAUUUGGCACGGCAUCCGCUGCAAUACCACUGUGCUCAUUGGGCCCUGGAGGCGGAGCUUUCUGGUGAUGCCAAACGUCUUGGAGGUGACUGCUGAGAACCUGGUGAUCCUCUUCGAGGGCCAACUGGUCGGGCCCACGCUCGAGGCGUGGAACCCUCAGCAGGACACUUGGCCAAAAGGAUCCUGUGCCUAUGCUGAGGCGGACUGCCACAAAUCGGGUGGCCAAAGUCCAGAGUUCGCCCGAUCACAGUGGUCCUUGCUGUUCUUCCGGAACUGCCACAAUGUGACCUUGCUGGGUGCCCGCGGGCCGCAUGGGCACUUGGAAGGAGGCCUCCGCGCACAUGGGCCCAGCUUCUGGCGGGUUCGUAAUCAGCGGCCACAGGUGAGGGGCUACUGCUUGCUGAAGAUGGACUCCUGUGAGGGCAUGCGCAUCUCUGACCUUCACUUCCAUGACUCCCCCAUGUACCAGGUGGUGGUGGCCCGGAGUCAUGGGGUAGAGCUGGAAGGGCUCCGUAUCACCUUGUCGAACCAAGCUCUGGGCGACCAGGGCGCGCACAACACGGAUGGCAUCAACAUUCUCAACUCAUCACAGGUUUGGCUGCGCCAGAGCGUCAUUGAGAGCGGUGAUGACAAUGUGGUGGUGAAAGAGGGCUCCUCCGACAUCUACGGUGAGGGCUUGCAGCUCCGUCGGGGCAAAGGCGUGUCGAUUGGCAGCCUGGGCGAGCGCGAGUCUGAGGGCCAGGAGGUCACCAACGUGGCGUUCCACAACGUCUCGGCUGACCGGAGUGUGCAUGGAGUUCGCAUCAAGACUUGGAAGGGUGCUCGGGGCUUGGUUCAGAAUGCAAGCUUUCAACACUUCAAGACUGCAGAUGUGAUGAUAGGGAUCCUCAUCGAUCAGACCUACUGUCCUCCAUCGCAAAGGCCCGAAGGCUGUGCCAUGGAGGAUCCAGCCGCAGCCAUCCGCAUCCAGCAGGUGAGAUUUAGAGACUUCACUGGCACCUACCAGCAAGCUGAUCGCAAGGUUCUAUGCACUGCGUGCUCCGAUGUGAGUUACGAGCAGAUCGACUUGCGCCCCGCAGCGCCGCGGGGUUUGCAGCAUGGAAAUCGCUUUCGAUGAGUCGCGAGUCGCGAGUGAACAAGACUCGAGUGAACAGAUGGCAGAGGUUGGAUCUGGUAGGGACUGCC